GUCUAGGUACAACUUCGCUAAAAAGUUAGGGCGACUCCCCCCUGAGCCACUUCCCAUCUCCCUGGUCUAAGGGAUCUCCUACCCUGAAACCGAAACGAGUCGAAACGAAUUUUCUCGCUUGGAUUUUUUUUUUCUUCCUCGCCUCUUCCAUUCAAUCCCAUAGCUUCCAACCUUUUUACCUCACCCUCACCUUACUACCCAGCUUAGUUACUUACCUAGAUACAUCUACAUCCACAUCUAUCACAUCCUAGUAGUCUAGGUACAAUUGCUAUGUAUACCAAAACUACUAAAUACUUACCAACAUUGAUCAGAAUGAAAUCUUCGCUUGGGAUAAGCCGUCCCCACGUCCUUUAAAGCCCCGGACGCUAAUUAAAGACCGUCAUCGGAGUGUUUUCUAAUCCUGGCGUCAGCUAUGUUGUUUCUCUGGUUCUCUGGUACGCUCUACGCUGAUCUGAUGGGCUAGCGAAUGUUUUUGGAGGGAUCUCGUUGUUACCCAUCCCUUUUACAAUCCCUUCCUAAGAUCCCAAUUCGAACCAUUCUGAUGAAAUGUCUUCGAAAAAAAUAUUCCACUUGCUGCAGCCAAGAAAAACCGGCUCCCAACCUGACUAAAGAACCAGGGCAAGCCUCGUGUCGUGUGUUACGCUAUGUCCUAUUACUAUUGUAACAAACGAAAGCGUUUGUUUAAUCAUCUAUUUUUUUUUUUUCUUAUUACUCUUGCUAUGUUGGCAUCUCAAAUGUUCUCGUACCGUUGGGUGGACUCUUGGCUUCGGAAACGAAUGAUAACUGAAUCGUGGACGAGUCCGUCUGCUGUUUACCAUUUUCCCUUCUUACGAGUCCUAGCAUUCCCCAUCAUCUUUUUUUUUCUUCUCUCUUUCGAUGUGUGUGGCGAUCUACCCAUCCCUGGGGCUUUCUCUUACCACCUACAUGCUUAGAGGCGCACACCCCCCCAGUUAGGAUCCCUUGGGUCCUUUAGGUCCCACGGCGCCACCGCUGCUUGAGGAAUUUUCUAUUGAUACUAUCGUCCCGUCUCAGCCAGGCAGGAACAAGGCGUUCGAGGUAACGAGUCUCCGCAACGAUGCGUUCCAGCCGUAUGUAUGUAUGUACAUAUGUAUACAUACGUAUAUACAACUCACCCACCUACUAGUGUUGGGUACUUACAUUACAUUGAUACAAUACUUACAAUAAAUACAUUACAUCCUACAACAUACUUGCCUACUUAAGUACCUUACUUAGUGUAGGUAAUGUAUCGAAAUAAAUAUAUUUCAAUGUUGUAUGUAUGUACCCUACUAUAAUGUAGUGGUACCGGGUCUGGAUCUCGCCCCGAUGGUCUGUCUCGUCUGUCUUAGUAUUAUCUCUUCUCUUGCCUGUUUGUUGUCUACCACCUACUAAUCUACUAAUCAACUACCUAAAAAAACUA